UCACCCUUUACCAGGACCCCACAGCCGCCGCCGCCGCCGCCGCGUUCGCGCCGCCCCCUCCGCCAUACCCACCACAUCGUCGCCGCGUGCCUCUCAUCAAGGUUGCACUCGACCACCUCUGCCAUGUCGCCACAAACCUUGAUAUCAUGUUUAUCGACUUCUCUCACAAACUUGCUCAACAUUGCAUACAGCUAUUGGUGGAUUGUGCUGAAGAAAAUAAUCUGACCAUUGCAAGUGCUGCUGGCAAUGGUAAUGAAACUGGAGGGUCCCAUAUGAUGCCAUCCAUUUAUGUGUAUAUUUGCUUCGCCUUUCUAAAGAGGGAGCCAAAGCUGCCAUGUCUGUAAACUGCAUGACAGUUAUUAUCCGGAGAGGUCCCAGCAUCAUAUUCAACCAGAUGUUCUAGGAAUAUCAUUGUUCUUGUCGCAGCUUCCACGAUGAAUCCAUGAUCACUAUUGUGCCAUCUGCUCAGAUCACUGAUUUCCAAGGCUCUGAGAAAGAAACAUUUGUUCAAAUUGGAACCAACAGACUAUUACCAAGUCUAUAACUGAAUGAAACAAGGUGUAGAUCUGGUGACUGGAUCUUGAAGCAGAUCUGGAACUUUUGGAGACAAAUCCAGGACCUGCUUCCAAAAAAUGAACUAGCAGGCUUACCCAUAGCCAUAUUUAGUCUCACGAAAGUGUUAAAUGAAAAGGCUUGUGGUUCUGUUGUGCCUCUCUCGGCUGGUCAGACAAAGCAGUCCACCGAUGAUAAAGAAAUCCCAGCUGAAACUAAAGAAGGGUCUGUACAAGUUAAGAGAGGUGAAUCAUGCUCAUUUAUCUUCUGGUCUUAAGUUAGCAUGUUCUUCUCGUCCUCCCAUCCCCAGAGUAUGGAGAUUUCUUACACUAGUCCUGACUACUGAGGUCUUAUCAAGAUUACUGACAUCCUAGAUAAUGCUAAGUCUUAUACUAAAUAUGACAUUUUUUUUGCGGGGGUACUAAAUAUGACAUUGGCUCCACCUCUUGUGAAGGCGGAUCAGGUGUCGCUGGAUCAUGAAAUUCCUUCUGUUUCUGAUCCUUGCCUCGAGGAUAAGGGUGUAGACAAGCCUGAUACAGUCCAGUUGGUGCAGAGGCUUGCCGAGGUACUACAGAAUCGUUGGAGUGCUCUGUAGAGAUGAUGACACCCCAUUAAAUAUUUAAAUCUCACACCUGUUGUCUGUUGAGUAGUGAUUUAUAAGGAUGCUGCACUGCUGCAGCAACAAGUUAGCGAACACAAAACAGAACACGAUAUUGCACAGAUUAUGAGGGAUAAUGUUAGACCCAAACUCUGAGGUAACGAUGCUUCUUUUUACCAAAAAUGUUAUUCUUUAUCUUGCCGAGAUACUACAUAAUGGGUGCCUGUAGGUUACAGAGAUGAUGACACGCCAUUAAAUCUCACACUUCUGUUGAGUAGUGAUUUACGAAAGGGCGUUGUACUGCAACAAGUUAGUAAACAAAAACAGAAUACAUUAUGCAUGAAAAUGUUGCACAGAUUAUAAUGUCGGCUCGAAGUUAUUCUUGCGCUGGUGGCAAGGUUGAGAUAUCUCAGGCGAGUUAUGAAUUUGCGACAUGACUACAUUUGCAGAUUACUAUUUUCUGCGAUUCUUUUUUUAUUUGUACUUUCUGUUUCAGAACCCCUUGAGCUCGAUAUAGUGGUCCAUCAAUUCCUUUUCAUGCUUGUGCCGAUGUCAAAAAAGUAUUACCCAGAUGAUACAAUAUGUACCGUAUUAUCUUCUUUCUAGAAGAAAAUGACAAUUGAAGGGACACAUUAUGCUCCUUUAUGCCUUUGGAUUAAGAUUAUGAUAAGUAAUUUUCUGAAAAAUGGGAACACUUUUAAAAUAUGGAAAUUUGGUUUAUUAUAAAUAUAACAACAGAAAAUGAUAUUUUAUGCCUACCUUCCAAAGUCUGAUGUCUUGUUGGUUUUGCAGAAAAGCAAAGACAAAAACUCUGCAUAGUCCAGCUUAUCUUCCUUUUUUGUGCUUUUUGAAUCUUUGCCUUACAAGAAGAAAGGUGCAAAGUAAGGGUCUCAUCAAAUCUUUCUAUCGUAUCUUUCGAUUUGAAGUGUGCCGAAUAAUGCUAACCUGUGUUUAUGAUGAGUCCUGUAUCAGGUGUUAUUUCAGGAUGAUAUAUACCAGUGCUGUCAACCUCAUGAGAUGAGAGCUGUCACUUGAUUUCGUGUAUAUUAUAUUGAUAGAGAUACUAUUGCUAAAUAGAACUGUAUGACAUGAUGCUCUACAUGUGCAAUGGCCUAUUGUCGGCAAAGUAACUUCGGUGUAUGCAUAAAUAAAAGCCCUUUCCUUCAAAACAUUCCACAUUAUGCCUCAAUUGGAGCAGGUUCUUCCUUUUUGAAACAGAAAUAGAUGUACCUGCAUGUAAAUCACCAAUGGCUUCCAAUAUGCUAAUUUCCAGAAUCUGGGCUUUGUUGUCUUGCUUUCCUCCUAAUAAGGAUACCAGAGCAGUAAAACCUAUGUUGGCAACUUCUAGGGAAGAUGUGUGGCGAUAGGCUUUUGGGUUAUUGUCCUAUAGUCAGAUUAUGAUUUUUGCAAACUAAGAAAAUUUUCUUAAUUUUUCUGGAGGGUAUAUCAACUCUUUUUCAUGUUGCUAUCACACAUGGAAAAAAUAUAGUGUCCAAAUGGCUCAGAUGCGAAUAUAUAGCCUUGAGUGCAUGACGUCCAAAAUAUCAGAUAGACGUGCUUCCAUGCUGCUCAAAGUAUGAUGAUGAAUUUAAGAUACUAAGAUCAACCAGCUUCGAUCUUCUUAAAUGCCUUUUUGGAAAUAGAUUCACUCGGAUGUGUAAUGAUCUCAUAUUUUUCUCUCCUUUCUACUCUGUAUUUAUAGUUGUAAUUUUGUGGACAACACUGAAUAGCAUGUUUUUUCAAAAUCAAAGUACAAAAGGAAAAAGACGUGUGAAUUUAGAGUAGUAAUUCCAGUGGAAUUGAUGUGGAAAAGGUUGCAGAUACCAUGACAACAAUAAAAGGCCUCACGCCCACAGAUGCACCCAAGGAAGGUGUGGGGGCAGGACCAGAAUCAUUUCUCCAAAUCAUGCACGCCACUAGAUAGAGAAGUCUUAUCAGUCUUCAUCAAUGUGGUCUCAUUCUGGCAAAUCUAAUGACAUUUGAAGUGACUUGAUGAAUGUACCUGACUUCAUGUACAGAUGAAUAAUCAUGUACCUUAGAUGUCCCAUAGGAUCGAAUUUACACAUAUUGCAAACCUUUUUUACACUUAAAUGCUACUUCCUUUGUUCCAAAUUAUAAGACGUUCUAACUUUUUUCUGAAUCGAAUGUAUAUAGACGCGUUUUAAGUGUGUUUGUUCACUCAUUUCAGUCCGUAUGUAGUCCAUAUUGAAAUAUCCAAAACAUCUUAUAAUUCAGAACGGAGGUAGUAAUUCUUGGUAUAAUUCCAUAUCUAUCUAAUCUGCUGUACAUUUCUGUAAAUUCAUUAUGCACAUCAACUAAACAAUUAUUGCAUCUCCACUCAUGCUGUAGUGGUGUGACUAUUUUUUUGUAGGCGACCUACUUGAUGAAAAGUAAAAUCUAUGUGCACUGUGCAUUAUCCUAAUCGUCCCACUUAUUCUCAUUAUCUUGUCCAUUGACAGGCACUGCAUCACUGCCUCGGUGAAGGCUUGCCCCGCCUGUGAUCCUCUUGAUGUUUCUCUCGAUGCACUGAGAUGUCAAUGAUUGUGGUUGUGAUGCUACUCUUGUUGAAAUCUUUGCAGGUUGCAAGGAAAUCAUGGCAACUGUUGGGAGCACACAAUCGUAACAUUUUGCUGCGUACGUCGAAGGCAGAUGAAUCUAUAUGCAAUGCUACGGCCUGGUGCCCUUUGACUUUAUCUUGUCGGUUGGCUAAGCCCACUUGAAGGUUGGCAAGCUCGCGUUGUCAGGCUAUGUCAACAUGAUACACAAUUCCUGAGUGGGCUACGUACGGGUCCUGGGUCCAUAGCAGCAUAUUUUGUGUCCAAUAGAGGCUUGAACCAACACAGAUUCUUGUGGGGCUCUAUCUAAUAGGCUGCAAUGUUCAAAGGUGAUAUCAUUCUUCCCAACCGAAAUCUUAUGAGACGUCACUUUUGAAGGUAAUCAUAGUAGUGGACGAAGUCACAUCAGGUGCUGUCUUUCGGACUUGCAUUUUUAGCUUCUAAUCACCAUUCGUGGGAAGUUCCUGUGCAUCUUUGUUUUCCCCUUUUUAAUUUAAAUGUGAUGAUUAGUUUCAUCUCUUUGCCCUUGUGUUCAUGCUCCCCAUUGUCGCAACUAAGAAAUGAUUAGCUUGGAAUCAGCCAAAAUACAUACUUACCGAUACUCCUGACCCUGCUUCAUGGAACAAAGUGGUAGGACCUGUUGUUGAUGUGUAGUCAGUUGCAAGUUGAGCAUAGUGCCUGUAGAGGUGCUGAGAAAAGGCACAUCUCCUGGAGUGCUGGGGCAUGGUUUAAGGAUUCCGGUGGAAAAGUGGGAGAUUUCCCAACUUGCUCAUGUCUCCUUGAAUUGUCUUAACACCCAUUCCUAUGCAGCUGUGGUUGCCAGCUUAUUUUACUAUUAUCACUACAUAAAUAUUUUCCAUUUGUGCUGUGCAUUCAUGAUCGAUUGAGAUUCUCAUCCUCCGUGCCCUGUUCAUAACACGGAGAAAUCAUAUAUGCUUGCCAGCUUGUUUUUCUGUUGUAGUUUGUGGCAAUGGUGGAUGACACUCAUUUGCGAGGUUUGGUCGUGCUGCGAAUGAUGGUAGAGUUUUAACAGUGCGUCUGCAAGUACUAGCUAGGAAGAUGGCACCAGCGAGAUAGAUUUGUGCUAUGACUUCCCUUUAUGGUUGGAGUCAUGUAGAAUGGACUUUGGGUUGGCAUUCUGCAGUUUCUCUGGCUACUGUUUGAUUGAGCAUGUGGCUCAGAUGACCUUGUUAGUGCCAUCAGCAAUGUAAUGCUAGCUUUUACCAUGGACGGCUUCCUGCCGUCAUGGGAAAUCUCGAGUUGAUGUCUCGUGUCAUCGUGAAUCCGAUUUGAGGCGAGAGUUGACUUGCUUGGCCGGCGCGUAUAAAUACAUGGCCGCUGACACACACGUCAAUCAUUCAUCACUCGCUCCUACGCACACACAUACACACGCGUGCGCACUAGGCGAUGUAUCAUCAUCACUCCUCCUCUUUUUCUUCUUCUUCCUAUACUUGUCAGGGAAGCAAUGGCUUCCUCCCCUCCCAACCGUCGGCGUCGAGCUACGGUGAUCUGUUGCAAGCAGAGCAGCACUGCUACUACAACUACUCCCAGCAGCAGCAGGGUCAGGCGCCGCCGUUCCGCCAUGUGCUGAGCACGGGAGACCUCGGGGCGCCGCCGCCGGCAGCAGCAGCGGCUGGGAGGUACAGCACGGACGAGCGGCGGGAGCGCAUCGAGAAGUACAGGAGCAAGCGCAACCAGCGCAACUUCCAAAAGAAGAUCACAUACGCUUGCCGGAAGACGCUCGCGGACAGCCGGCCGAGGGUGAAGGGCCGCUUCGCCCGCAACGUCGACGAUGAUGCAGUCGCAGAUCAGCCGGAGUUCACGGCGGCGGAGGUGUCCUCGAUGAUGAGCGAAGCCAACGUUGUCGUGGGUGCCGUGGACGCCGUUGCCAGCAGCAGCAGCAGCAACAUGCCGGAGUGGUGGCCGGCAAUGCAAGGCGCGCUGGCCAUGGAGGACGAUGAGCUUUACAUCGCCGUCUCCUCCAUCAACCUCUACUAGCUAAGCUCGCUAGAGGCGGAUCGGAUCACCUCCAACGGUGUUCGUUGCACUUGUUUUGCGUCCCAUAUCCUGUUGCAUCAACUAAAACUACGACGCCAUAGUUCGUAAUGUUUAGAGGCGGACCGGACACCUUUUCUUCUUCUUAUGAUUCUUCUUCUUUUGAUUAGUUGGAGUGCUUCAUGCAUCCUCUGCAACUAAAUGUAGUACGUACGUACUCCUACUAGUAAUUUUUU